CUUUGCUGCUCUGGUGUCGCUGCUGGCUGGGGGAGAGAAACCGUGGGAGAGGGCACAAUCCGUGGGACUAAAAACAACAUUAAAGCUCGAUUAACAUCUGGCAAGGUUGAAGAAGGAAAGUGAACCGGUAUCACCAGCAAGUUGGCAACAUCUCUUCUCUCCCCUGGCUCUCCAGUUUGUAAAGACACCAUCCAAAGUAUCAUAUCUUAAUGUCACCCAGUGCCUCUUUAUCGGACAAGUUUUAACUUUCCACUUCAUUUUCAUCAGUGCAAAAAUCUGCAAUCCGCACCAGCAAGAAACCAACUUAAGGAAACUCAGACAGACGCCCCCUCAGCCACCAAAGUCAGUCCCGGUUCAGUCACAGUCCAAGCUCCUGCUACAUUUUGCACCACUCAUCACUGUUAUUAAGUUAUUGCAUCAAGCCAUUUUUCGACUGAGGGUUUCUUUAAAGAGUAGUUAGCACCAUUAUGGCCUCCAUCACCCAGUCAUCCGAGCCUGAAAUCCCAGACAACCACAAGGAGAGCUGGCUGGCGCUGCUCUCUGCAGCAGAAGCUUACUGCCAAAAGUCUGGCUGCGACCUGGCCAUACUCACCGCCUGCAAGAAGUUCCGGCCGUCCACCGGGGAAGGAGAAGGAGGGAAGAAACGGGAGGGCGGCACCACCUUCCCCAGGGAGUGCGAUUUCUCCUACAACGUGUGGGGUCAGGGCUUCCUGGCGGAGUCGGCGCGCCGCUACAUGGACGACAUCGGCGUGCUGCACUCCACCACCAUGCUAACAACCCAAAAACAUGCGCGUCAAUCAGCGGAGGGAGCCAAGCUCGUGGUGGACUUCACGCCCGACCCUGGACACAAGGGGAGCUUCACGGGCGACGGCAGCCUGGGCGGCGUGAGCCCCAACGGGCGGCUGUACUCCCAGAGCUACCCGUCCAUCUACAGCCCCGGGGCCGUGAGCGGCCAGGGCGACAACAGCAACGGAGAGAGGGAGCGGGAGAGGAGCGUCAUGGAGGCCGAGCGGGGGAGACAGAGGUCUGGGAUCGUGGAUCUGGAGGAAGAGUGUGAGGAAGAGGAAGACGAGGAGGACAUGGACGAGAGACGACAAUAUGGAAAUGAAGGUGCCGGUGUGUUUUCGAUGGAUGAGGACUCUCUCUCUCGGGACUGCGAACCGUUCUUUGAGUCUGACGGAGAGGAAGAGAGCACCGAUGGCUCCCUGAGUGAGGACGCGCCGCCGCCAUCGUCGCGCGCGAUGGCCGUGGGUCAGCCGGCGUUCAUGUCGCGCCACAGCCACCCCAUGGCUCUGGCCCGCUCGCUGCCCGUGUCGGUGCCCGUGUGGGGGUGCAAAGGAGGCCGAGCUCAGGGAGACAACAACAGCGGUGAACGGGUGGGCUGCGCGGACCUGGAGCACAUCGCCGCCAGCAUGAAGGCCCUGCUGGCCCCCGGGGCCACGGACGGGACGGAGAUGUUCGGGGCGCUGCCGCGGCCGCGCCUCAACACCGGGGACUUCUCCCUCAAGCACUGAGGGCGGGCCGGGGAGGGCGAGCGAGCGGAGAGACGGAGAAAGGGAUGAAGGGAGAGGGUCAGAGAGAGGUCAGAGAGAGGUCGUAGCGGCGGUCGGAGGUCGGAGGGAACCUGGAAUAUCUGGCAAAUGUGACAUACAGUAUGUGAAACAGUGUUAAAGCUAGUAACUCCGUUUGUUUCUCACUAACAUGAAUUAACGGCACAUGCUUUCAGGAGUAUCGUACGUACAAGAAAUGUUAUGAACACUAAUAACAUUUUCAACACUACUACCCCCUCGUUGUCUACAUCUCACAGCAUCUCACAGUACUAGCUGCUGCACAUGCAACACUACAUUUGGAUCCAGCGCCGCGGUGGAGAAUCUCUGGGAGGUUUUGCCUUUUGGUCAGAUUACCUGUGACGUGAGCUGAAAACCAACAACCCGUCUGCUCGGUUGCUGGUUCUGGUGCUCCACGCCGACCUCCAGCGGCCUCGGCUUUGGGUCGCUAGUUUAUCCAAAGCUUGACGUCGCAGCUUUUUCAGAGACGUGAGAAAAAACCCGAUGUCUCUCUCAUCUUCAGGUUAACAGGCUGAAAAAAAAUUCAUCACCACCAGCUCUAAAGCUCAGUAAUCGGCAAGUGGAGUUCAGUUUGGUUCAUGCGCAUCUUUUUCUCUUUAAUAAUAACUUUUUAACCCCCCCCAAAAAAAAAAAAAUGACAAAAAAAGAAAACUAGCUUUGGUUUUCAGUGAUGGCGAUGGGCUCGGGGCUGCGACACCGGGGGUCCGUGUACUUCGCGGCCAUCGGUUUUUUGUUUUCAAACGACAAAAUAAAAAUAGAGAUAUAAUCAGUUUCCCAUCUUUUGUUUUGUAAUAAAAAACGGAAAACGGAUCGUUAUAUAUUAUCCUUUAUCCGUUUUCAUUGAUGUGUUUGAAAAUCGAAAUUGGGAAUUAAAACAGCGAGUGGAAAACUCUUUUCUCUAUUUCCUAUUCGUUUCCAACGGGGGUGGGGGGCAGUAUGUUAGAGUUCAGUACAUGUAAUUGAUUGGACGCUGCAGCUGAACGGACUGUCACAACAUGAUGACGGAGUGAAGACAGAUUACAGAUUAAACUCAUGUUUCACUCCCAUGUUUCAUAUUUGAUUUAUUUUCUGUUUCAACAUUAAAAAAAAUCUAAAACUGUUAAUUUUCAAUCUGAUCAACAAAAUAACCAGAAACAACUUUCUUCAUUUAUUACUGCGCAUGUGCAAUCCCCCCAUUUGUCCAAUCCUUGUUUUCAGUAUCCUUGGAAACGAAUAGGAAAUAGAGAAAAGAGUUUUCCACUCGCUGUUUUAAUUCCCAAUUUCGAUUUUCAAACACAUCAAUGAAAUUGGAUAACGGAUAAUGGAUAACGAUCCGUUUUCCGUUUUCCGUUUUUUAUUAUCAAAACAAAAGAUGGGGAACGGAUUAUUUUGGUUUAUUUCUCUUUCUCUAUUUUUAUUUUGUCAUUUGAAAACAAAAAACGGAUGGCCUAAAACUGACGGAGCACUCUUGUUCAGAACAAUCCUGAUUGAUUAAUAAUAAUAAUUGGCAGCUCACUGUCGGUCCGAUGGCGUGAACUGACGCCCCGGAGCUCAUGAAAAAUGGACAAUUCGUAUCAUAAUCUCUUAAGUCACCCUGUUAAAAACGACAGUUUUACACCUUUUUAAUUUAGAAAAGCGAUUAAACAUUAACGACUAGUGUUGUCUGACGCUCGUGUUUCCGCUGAAGUCUCGACAAACGCCUUCCUCCGUUUAAUUGGACUCCCUUUUUCCUCCGAAACGCUCUCAGAGGCACGCCGUUAAAACAGUUAAUAUCAGUAGAUGAAUGUUGUGAUCAUAAUGGGAUGGUGCCGUCGGGUUGCCACACAUGAUGGAGAUAAUAAGGAGAAGUUUGUAACGAUUCCGCUCAGCUCAAGCAUUUCUCUCCAACUCAGGAACGAGGCCAGGCGAACUAAAACCACGGGGCGUUACUUUCUAAAACCGAUGAUUUCUAGAACAGUUUUAGGUCUUUGAUAGAGUUUUUGAUGAUGUGCUGAAGUCUCUAGAGAGCGUUACUAACGCAGCUCCAGUCCUGUGUGUAGGUGCGGGCCGAGACACCCGCCGGCUUGUUUUGACCUUUGUGGCUUUACGUGUAACGCGGAUUUCUCUUGAACCAAAACAUAAAAUACAAACUUAAUUUAACGCUCGCGGUGACGGUAGAGUCGGAUCAAGGAAUAAAACCUUUCUUUUCUUCUGCAGACUGGAGUGGCUCGCAAGCAGAGUUUAAUAAGAUGCAGUGCAGCUGAAUAUCCUGGGCUUAUCAUUUAAUUCUUCACGUAUAAUUCAUGAAGCUCAAUUCCCACGGAUUCAAAGCACACUGGAAUACAUAAAAAAAAAAAAAAAAGCAAGGUGUUAUUCCCAACUGCUGAGCUCCACAUCUAAUCCAUGUUUCCGUCUGUUUCAGUCUGCAGCAGAGAACCAGAAACUUCUCCAAAUUCCUCCUGAAAUGUUUGAAAAUAGUGAAAAAUAUUGUUCAUUGACUCCAAAAAUAUGCAUUUCUGAUCAUGUGACCUUCGUUGGACACAUGUAGAGGUCAGGUUGAGCUGUCAGCUCCGGUCAUUUACCCGGUAAGAUGACCAAAAGGCCCGUUGUCACCCCUCAGCGUUAAAGGGGGAGAAGCCAGAGAAAUGGUUUAUAACAAAAAAAAGCUUCUGACUUGUCGAUAUGUGAGCAGAGGACACCAGCACCUCCUCCUACAUUGCCUAUUUUUACUUUUGCCAAUGAAUGACUGACUGAUAGAAUGAUUGUAAAUGAAUACCGAAUUUUAGGGGAUGGUAUUUUUUUUCUUUUUAAUUUUUUUUUUUCUUCUUUUUGUUCUGAGUUUAUUGUUGAGAUGGAAUGAAUGAGGACGUGACUCUGUGUGCGCAUGCGAGAGAGAGAGAGAGAGAUGGAGUUGGUUUGAAAGGCGACGUGUCCAUCUCUGACAUUACAAAAACAAAUAAAUGUACUUUUAUGUUUCAAAUAAAGGAGCAACACCAAGAAAA